AUGCAGUUCGGACAUACUUCAACAGAUCUACCAGCGCCCAAGCCCGCUAUGACGCUGCAUGAAAGUGAAAGUAUUCCGUUUGCGGCUCUCUCCGAGAAAAGCCCACCAAGACCAGACGUCGGUGCGCCCCAAGAAGCGGCACCGCAUCCUCAGAAGGACCCAGGCUGGUCGUCCCAGGGAUGGAUCAAGGCCCGCCGUGCGCCUCAGGCCCAAGAGUCUUCUCGAAAACGAGUCACCACUGUGCGACAUCAAAACCUCGUUCUACUAUACUGUAUUACCCGGUGA